UCUCUCUUCUCUUUUUGACGCACUUACGCGCCUCGUAUUUUAUUUAUUGGUUUUUUUAGUAUUUCUUUCUCUUCUUCUUUGUCUCCGUGGCCUUUCUUGAAUAGAUUCAAGUGACCUUCGGUGGCUUCCGGGGAUCAAGGGAAAAGAUGGCUGAACCAAAACCAGAACAACCUUUGAUCCCAUCAUCAUCUAGGAACCUACCUGAUUUUAAGAAAUCGGUUAAGCUAAAAUAUGUGAAGCUUGGAUACCAUUACCUAAUCACCCAUGGAAUGUACCUCUUCCUUACCCCUCUUGUAGUUGUAAUCGCUGCCCAGCUCUCAAUAUUUUCCAUCCAGGAUCUUUAUGAUCUUUGGGAGCAUCUUCAAUACAACCUCAUAUCUGUUAUCAUCUGCUCAACCCUUCUUGUUUUCUUGUCAACUCUCUACUUUCUAACCCGCCCUCGUCCUGUUUACCUCGUCAACUUUGCUUGCUACAAACCGGAUGAAUCUCGGAAAUGCACAAAAAGGAUCUUCAUGGAUCAGUCUCGAAUGGCUGGUACAUUCACAGAGGAGAAUCUUCAGUUUCAGCGUAAGAUUCUUGAAAGGUCAGGACUUGGGGAUUCAACAUAUCUUCCUGAGGCUGUCCUCAAUAUUCCCCCUAACCCAUCAAUGCAGGAAGCUAGAAAAGAAGCAGAGGCUGUUAUGUUUGGUGCUAUUGAUGAGCUUUUGGCUAAGACCUCCGUAAAACCCAAAGACAUUGGAAUUUUGAUUGUGAACUGCAGCUUGUUUAAUCCAACACCCUCAUUGUCUGCCAUGGUUAUCAACCAUUACAAGCUUCGAGGGAAUAUUCAAAGCUACAAUUUGGGAGGAAUGGGCUGUAGUGCAGGUUUGAUCUCCAUCGAUCUUGCAAAACAUCUUCUCCAAGUCCAUCCCAACUCCUAUGCACUGGUUAUCAGCAUGGAGAACAUCACCUUGAACUGGUACUUUGGAAAUGAUCGCUCAAAACUUGUUUCAAACUGUUUAUUUAGAAUGGGAGGGGCUGCAAUACUGCUCUCUAACAAAUGCUCUGACAGAAGAAGAUCCAAAUACCAAUUGGUUCACACUGUUCGCACUCACAAGGGUGCGGAUGAUAAGUGCUUUGCCUGUGUUACCCAGGAAGAAGACUCCAUAGGGAAGGUUGGUGUUACAUUGUCAAAGGAUCUCAUGGCAGUUGCUGGUGAUGCAUUAAAGACCAACAUCACCACAUUGGGCCCUCUGGUUCUUCCAAUGUCUGAGCAGCUGCUUUUCUUUGCUACAUUGGUUGGGAAGAAGCUUUUCAAAAUGAAGGUCAAGCCAUACAUUCCGGAUUUCAAGCUAGCUUUUGAGCAUUUCUGCAUUCAUGCUGGAGGAAGAGCUGUUCUGGAUGAACUGGAGAAGAAUUUGCAGCUGUCUGAAUGGCACAUGGAACCAUCAAGAAUGACUCUUUACCGAUUUGGCAACACCUCAAGCAGCUCUCUUUGGUAUGAAUUGGCUUAUUCAGAAGCUAAGGGUAGGAUUAGGAAGGGGGACAGAACUUGGCAAAUAGCAUUUGGUUCAGGAUUCAAGUGUAACAGUGCGGUGUGGAAAGCUUUGACGACGGUAAAUCCAGCAAAGGAGAAAAACCCUUGGAUGGAUGAAAUCCAUAAAUUCCCGGUUGAUGUUCCAAGAAUCUCGUCCAUCUAAAUUCCAGAAUGACUUGCUGCCCUUGUGGUAAAAUUUUCGUGAAAUGCUAUCUCUCUUCCGAGAUUCAUCCCUGCUUUUGCAUAACAGGAUGAUUGGUAGUUUUAGCAUUGGGUGCAUGACAUCUUGCAUUUGGUUAUCUAGUUUUAAGUUAUUUCAUGCGUGAAGCUUGAGUGGGAUUAGUCAUGGUUUAACCAAUUUGGGGAACACAUUGAUUUGAGGGUGUUUACGGGAACAUUAGUGCAUUUUUUACUGAGAUCACUGCAUGAGAUUGAGUGGCUUAGCUAUGUCUUAAGAUCUCAUCAUAUGAUCGACAGAUUUGAAUUGGGAUUGGAAGCAUUGUAGACUGAUGUUUGUGAUUUCUAUGGAUUUUACUACCAUCAAUUUGCUACUAAUGACAGUGUUAUGAAAGUAGCUACCUGUUUAAUCAGUUGAAGAGGCAAACACAUGCCUCAGAAAGUAAAGAGGGUUUCUCUGUCUCACAUUCGAAAAUGGU